UGGCCACACACGGCAUUUGGCCAAACCACGCGAUUAGCCAUACGGCCGGUAGAGAAGUGUACGCAAAGUGUGUUUUAUAUAUACAUAAGUUGUAUAUAUAACAAUGGAGGAGCCAGCGAUACCUGUGCGAAGAGGCGGAAAGAAUGAGGAGAGAAAUCCACUGGAGAUUUUGGAUAUAACCGAAGAGACGCAAACAUCUGAAUUAGAUGAGGAGAUCAUGGACUUUUCAAUAAGUCCGGUAAUGCAUUUUCCGCGCAGCGGUAGCGAUGAUGUCGCCUCCUAUGCCAGCAGAACGCCCGCCUACAAUCUGGAAGCGUAUCUGUCGGAACGCCGGCUCAUACGGCUGGUGCGCAAACAACCUGCCCUCUAUAAUAGGCGCCAUCGGCGCUUCAACGAUGACGUUUUCAAGGAGCAGUUGUGGCAAAAUAUUGCGCGAGAAUUGUCUUUGGAACUGACCAAAUGCAUGAGUACCUGGGCGGAGCUGCGCUAUAAAUAUCAGCGUCAUGUGCGCCGCAUGCGCCGAUAUCGCCGGCAGGUGCAGGCGUGUCGCAGUUUAACGCGUCCACGCCCCACCUUGCUGCACGAGGAGGAUAUGCUGUUCCUCUACACGCACGUGGCACGGCAACCGCUGCAGUGCGAGCAGCCCGGCGAGGUAUUAAAUGUAGAGCAGUCAAGUGUGGACGAUGAUGUGACCAUUGUGCCAACACAACCCGCUGACAUUAUAGAUCUUGAUGCGGAUUAUUGCGAACAGUAUAAGAUUAGCCCCGAUCAGGAUCGUCUAGUUGAUGCCGUGCGUGCCUAUCCACAGCUGUAUGAUACGCAGCAUGAGGGCUAUAACAACUAUCGUCAUCGCGGACUCAUUUGGGGAGCCAUAUCCAAUGAGCUGCACGAGAAGGCAACGAAGCUAAUGAAGAUCUGGCUGCAGCUAAAGACACGCUACGAGUGGGAGGUGACGCACUCCACUGGCACCAGUCCAAAGCUGAAGAAGCAGCUUAGCUUUCUGUCGCCGCACAUACAGAAUACACACGGCACCGUAUGCAAGAUGUCGAUGUAUCUGCAGGACGCCUGGUUUGAUCCCAUUGAGCAUUUCCGCAGCGUCAUGAAUCUGAUCAAUGUGCUAAAAACAAUGCCCGAGCUUGGGCAGAUGGUGGAUGAUUACCAGGAUAGCGCACUGAAGCCAGCGCGAUAUCAUGAGCUCUGGCUGCGCGUCUCGGCGCAGGUGAAUUGCAGCCAUCAACGCUGCGAGGUUACUUGGCUGGUGUUGCGCAACUUUUACCUGGAGCUGGCCGAGAUGCGUAAAGUUGGCUAUCAGCUGCAGGACAAAUGGUUCUUUGAGAACAUCAUUGGUUGCCUGUACAAGCUGUUGGGCGCACGCUCGACGCGACGUGGCCAAAAACGUGCCGCCCCCAUUGUGCCCACUGGCGCCACACCGCCCAAGUUGAUAUCAACCGCGCCAGUGAGCGUUAAGCCCAGUGCUUCCAGUGCUCCCAGUGCUCGCGACUGGCAGAGAUUGGCGUCGAAGCCUGCGUAUAGUCCGCCACAGGCAGCGCCACCGCUGCCACUGGCCAUUGUCUAUCCGGCGACCACGAGGGCAACCUCCACCAUUACGGCCAUUCCCAUCAGCAGCAGCAGCAACAUCACGACGAGCAUCGUCAGCAACAGCAUCACGACAAGCAUCACCAGCACCAACAGCAGCAGCGGCACCAGCAGCAGCCCCAGUACCUCCGGCUUCGCCAUUCCCCGCAUCACAGCGGCCAUUAGCGUGGUGCCCAAGCCCCCAACGCCAGCAACAGCACCAACGACAGCGCUGCCAGCUGCUAAUACGCCGAACGGCAGCUUUGUGAGCAUAAUACCCAAGCCAUUGCCGUUGCCGUUGCCGUUGCCGAUGCCGUUGCCGAUGCCGAUGCCAUUGCCAUUGCCAAUACCGGCCACGGUGCAGCUGGCGACCGUGUCCGGCGUGCGGCCGAGUCCACUGCGAACCGGCCUGCAGGUAAUGGUGCGUCCGAAAAUGCGUCUGCCACUGACGCCAAUUAUGACGCCCGGUAUCAGCAGCAGCAUCCCGACGAACACCAUCAGCGGCAACAGCAUCGGCGGCAACACCAUCAGCGGCAACAGCAUCGCCGGCACCACCAUACGACCCGUAACACCUGUCGCGGCAGUUGCCACAGCACCGCCACCGGCACCGGCAGCACUCACCACCAAGGCGACCAAUGUGACCAAUGUGCCCGGCAUGCUAGCAACACUAUCGACAACGACCGCGUUGCCGCAGCUGGUGCCGCCAUUGCCCAAGCUGGUGCCGCUGACCGUGCGCAACGACAAGGUGGCAUUGCCAUCGGUGAGCAUGCUGCCCAAGCCGUGGGGCACAUCAAUGCCGCUGCCAGCGCUGACGCCAACAACGCUCGGCAGAAAGCCUCAGACCCCGCUGAAUAGCGGCUGGGAUGAUGUUCGCAGCCCGACCCAGCCCAGCAAUAGCAUUAAAAUCACUGUCAGCUGUCCAUCGAAUGUGAUCGUCCCAAAUGACAAGCAGCCAUCGCCGAUGCCCAAAAUCAAGAUUGAGUUCCGUGAUUGUGCCCAAACUGGACGCGUUCUGCAUGCGGAGGGCACCGCGGUGCCCUAUUCCCCGAAUCUGACUAUGGCGCGCACCGCGGUGUUUAUACGUGAGGUGAUGGCCAUACCGCAGCUGCACUCCGCGGAUAACCCGCUGUCGGGCAAAAACUCAGUUAUCUGGCAGCAAAUAGCCAAAAGGUUUCACAUUUCAGAUCAAUUAUGUCGCGCAAUCUGGCAGUUUCUUGCGAAUAACAUGAACCAGUUUCCGACAAUAGCGCCCAUGGAGGAGCUGAUGCGUCCCUUCAAGGGCGGUAUGAGGGUGUGGGAGAAGUCGCAUCGUUUGUUCAGCAAAUUUGACGAAAUAGCGCGCAAAUAUAAUUGGAUGCUGCACAAGGAUCAACUGCCGGCGCUGAUGAAUCAUUUUGAAAAGUACGAUUAUUUAUACUGGGAUAUGCGCCGACCACGACCAGGAGAGUCCAAUCCAGGUCGAUCGCCGCGCCAAUACACCGACCAGGAGCGUCAGGAGGUGUGGCGUGUGGCGCGUGAACGUUUUCCGCACAUGAAUCAUCGGGACGUUUGGUCCAUGUUUAAGUUUGCCUUCAAGACGUAUAUGGAGGAUUUGGAGCGCGGCAUUGAGAAUCCCUGGCCGCAGAAUUGGUGGCAUGCACUGGAGCAGCUGAAGUUUCUUGUGAAUGUGCGCUAUCAUCCCUUGGAGCCGUACUACUACAUUGUGCACAACAAGUUCAUGGAGGAGGUGAAACGCUGCAGCAUGUACGAGGCGCUAAUGCAGCCAAAUGUCGACAGUUCGCAGGGCAAAGUGGUGGCAAACAAUGCGCCAAUGCCCUGGGAGACAGAGGAGGCGAAGCGGCUGCUAAAUGGCGAGAACAAAGUUCAAGAGAUAUUGGUUUUCUUCAACAAAGGGCCGCAGCAAUCAGAGCAGCAGCAGCAGCAGCAACAGCAGCAGCUGCAGCAGCUCCAGCAGCAGCAGCAGCAGGAGGAACAGCAAGAGCAGUUGCAGCUGGAGAGGAUGGAGGAACAACCACUGCCAGAUGAAUCGGAGCAUGCACACAUGGAAACACAGCCAACUGUUAACGAACUGGUCAAGCAUUUGGCCGGCGAGCCACGCACGUUACCGAACAUGGAUGCGUAUCACCUGACGCGUCUGCUGCGCUGCCAUCCGAAAACCUAUGGCAAGUCGAGCACCAUGGAGAAGCGCAGUGCCUGGCUGCAUGUUGCCAAGCAGCUUGAUGCCACCGUCACCGAGUGCCGCUUGAGCCUGCAGCAUGCGCUGCGCGAACUGCGCAUCUUGAAGAUCAGCGAUAUCAAUUGCCGUUGCUCGCUGUCGCAUAAGUAUUAUCGCCACAUGAGCGAGAUCUACAAGCAGGUGAAGGCCGGCGGCCAGGUGGUGGUGCGUACACCGCAUCAGCUCAACCAAAUGCUAAUGGAGCCCACUGACACAAUUUAUCCGGAGCGUUAUUUGCCCGAAAUCAAUAUGAUAACCUGCAAGCCCAGUCUGGUGGUCAAGAAUUGGUCAUACGCGGCCAUCAAUUUGCCGACAAUCAGUCAAGAGGGCUUGUACCUACGCCUUAGGCAAGUCUUUGCCAAAUACGCGGGCCUGGCGAAUAUCGAUUGGCCCAAAGCUGUUGCAGCCCCGCGCAGCAAUGGUGCACUGCAGCCGCCGGAGCAGCAGCCGGAGCAGCAGCCGGAGCAGCAGCAGGAGCCCGAUGAAAAGCAAUCUAAGCUAGACUAGAACACGUAGUUUUAUUUACUGUUAAUGCUAAACAUUUAUUAUUGUACAUGGCUGGAUGUUAAGUUCAGCAAUUAGUUGGAACCCAAUCCUCGCCCAGAUUACCAUUUAACAUACGUUUCAUCACACGAGUCACUUGCAAUGCUUUUGCUAGUAGCUUAGCCAAAUGCGGCGCAUGUUGAUUAUUAUUAUUGUUGUAUAAAUGAUGUAUUAUUAUUAUGUAUUAUGAUAUGGUAUGCUUAGAUCAGCUGUAGUUACGUCCGGCUUUGCAUUUAUCUGCCACAAGCAAUUUAACAAAGAAAGAAAACGUACAUGCAACUUUAGCUCGAAUAUACAUAUACAUAUACAUAUACAUAUACAUACACAUAUACACAUACAUAUAUACACUGCAAAAUGAUUGACACCAACGAUUGCAGUUGCUCAUAUAUUUUUACUAACGAUUAUUAAUUUUUUUGAUAUACAACUCAAUACACAUAAGUUUGAGUUAAGCAAUCUGUUAAAAA